UAUAUAAAUUAAUUUUUAAAAAUUAUUAAUUUAAACUAAAUUUUAAAACGUUUUGUUUACAGUCAAACGGGUAGACAGUCUACUGCCGGGUGAGGACAUGGAGGACAAGACACUCAUACAACAGGUGUGGCUAUUGAUACACUUCGUGCCGUUCAUAGGGCCGGCCCGGUAUGCGACGGAAGCCAUACUCGCCUACAUUGAGGGCAAUCAGGAGAGGGCCCGGGAUAAGGGCAUUACGUCUACCAUUAAUGGACUCAUAGAUCUGGCGGUGCUGUCGGUGUUCCUGUUGUCGGCAACUCAUGUGUCCAUUGAGUGCGAGAGAAGUGAUAUCUUACGGGCCGUUAAGCCCGUACUCACCGCUAGUGUCGUACUCACAGUCGCGUCGAUACUAAUCGGCGCUAAGAUUAUUGCAGAACAGAUAGCCCGGGCUGUUGUCGAUAAGGUGCUGAGUAUGCAUACGGCGAGCGCAUCGAUGGUGAACACAAUGCACAUAACGGCCACCGGUAUUGAGGCGGUCGUGGAGACUAUAAACACCGCCACAAGUCAUACGACAAAUACCGUCAAAUCGGGCUAUAAUUCGGCCGCAAAUACCGUCAAAACAGUGAUCAAUACACCGAAAACUACUCGUAAUUAUUGCGAGAAAAUCUUACGACAAAUCUUACGUCACGUAAAACUUACGACUGAUUACGUGAUCACAAAGUUUGUGCAAAUAUUACGUGAAACUGUAAAGACCAUGAUAACAUUAGCUAUUAUGUUGGCUAAUAUAACCCUUAAUAUAAUUGCUAAAAUAAUAAACAAAAUCUUACCCGGAUUAUCUCAAAAUCCCACCGUAAUUAAUAUCCAGAACAUGUUAUACCCAUUUGUUUGUAAUGUAUCCGCAAUUGUGUAUACGUUCAGGGUUAAAUUAAAAAUAGUCUAAAUUUACCAAAUCAUUAUGUUUAACUUUAAUUCAUUGGCACUUCUAUAGCAUUUAAUAAUCAUUAUCAUGAUCAUUUAAUAUUUAAUUGGGCAUCUAUAAUACAAACUCCAGUGCUACCAGUGGCUAAUGUGAUAUAAAAACAC